ACUAACCGGCCCUUACAUUUUUUUUACAAAAAUUACAGACCCUCCUAACGGAGGGUCCGCCACCCAAAUGAAAGGGAUCACCCAAACGACAGAUUUCUUUUUAAUCCCACCUUUUUACUUUACUCCUA